GCAGUAUAGUGGUAGGUAGUAGUGUGAAGUUGUGAAGUGUAAUGGUAACACUGGCAAUUGAUUUCAUUUUCAUAGGAAUACAAAGAAAAACUACAGUUUUUUGUCGAUAAAAAAUUCCAAUGUAGAAAAACUAGGCUUUGAAAUUACUGUAACACUACGAAGAGGCAAGGAGUCAGUUGUAUAAUUACACUUGAAUAUUCGUUGACAGAUUCAACAAAUCAGGUGUUUCAAAUGGAGAAUGGGCACGUUCGGGACUUCUCAGAGUUCUGCGACCAGCUGAACGAUAUACGUUUGAAGUUCCACAAGUUUGACAACUGCGAAAGAACCGUAGGCCUUUACUAUUUGAUGGUAGGACUGCCGUUUGCCAAUGCUAAAUUUCUUCAAUAUGCUCUCGAGCAGUGUGUAAACUCAGUUAACACGUUAGAAGCCCAGUGCCUGGAAAAAAAUGCCAACGAUCCAGAAUAUAUUGCAGGUUUCCUUCAAGAGCCAUCUCAAACAGCAUUAACUUCUCUUCUAAAGCAUCUACCUCUUCUGAAACCGAAUAAUAAAAAAGCAGCUGACUGUUAUUUGAGAAUUAUCCAACAAGUACUGAGAGAUUUCAUUGCUCCUCCUUUGAAAAUUUAUAACGAUUGUGUAGAAAUCAUGUCGUAUGUUUACAUCCAUCCUGCCUUCAACAACGAAGACAAGAAGUCUUUCAAACAAUUGCUGACGAAAGUUUUAACGAAGAUUAGCCCUCCCGGUUUCAAUAACUCACCUACCACAGAGUCUAGUGACGAAUCCGUUAGUCCGAACCCAGAAUCACAGCAGAAUUUGAAACAGAGAAGGUCACAUAGCCUCACGAUAGGACAGGUGACCUAUCAAGAGAAUCUGCCUUCCAGUCAGGACAAUCGGUGCUCCAAUGAGAAUUUGAAUGAAGCUCCUUGUAAGCAGAGAAGCUUCUCUCUGUCGAGCGAAACUUCUCUUCUGUCUGGAGUGCCCGGAUUGCAGGCUAGCAGGUCGGAGACUGGACUUCAAGACUUGAAGUUGAUGAAUAAUAACCCUUCUAUGAAAUGCAUUGUGUCCUGGUUGAAAUCUCUGAGGUUACACAAGUACAGCUGGGUAUUCAAUAAUCUGACUUACACCCAGAUGUUAAAAUUAACGGAGGACGAUCUUCAAAAAAUAGGAAUAACAAAAGGAGCUCGUCACAAAAUUAUUUUGAGCAUCCAUAAACUGAAAGAAAGAAGUGAAAAUCUCACAGAAUUAGAAAUCGAUGUCAUGAAUGGAGGCGAUCUAAAUGCUGCUUUGAAGAAAUUGAAAAAUAUUCUGCAGACUCCCCUGCAUUUGACGUUGGGCGAAGAUCUGGCCUCUCAGUUUGUCAAAGUAAUGGGAAAAGUAUGUACCCAAAUACUGAUGUUGAGACAACAUCACGAUGACUACCUCAUGCAAUUUGGCUCUCUCUGCGACCGAGCCGAUACACUGGAUGCUUUUACAGACGAGCAAAAAAGGCGAUUGAAUGUUUGGAAAGGACAGUUAUUGAAGGAAGACUCAGUGACGACCUUGAUUCAUAGGGAUCAAAAUACAAAUGGUGGAUAUAGAUCACAAAUGAACGGCAGGUACCAACAGAAAAACCGCACUACCUCGCAGAAUACCUACACCAAAAAAAGUUCCUCUUUUCCCAACAUGAAACACAAUCACCACCCGUGGAACACUCACAGGCAUUCCGUUGGAAGCCUUACCCUACAGAACCAGCUAUUCUCCCCCUCCCCGCAACCCCCAACGACGAACCAGAACUGUGUAGGCCACGAUCGACCCAGAAAACCGCGCGGAGACUGCAGUGUUAGUAUCAACCACUUCAACCUCAAGGAAUUCAAGAUGAAACAGGAGCAGAUCGCAAUCCGAUCGGCAGACAUUGAGAGCAGCCUUGAAUCGCUGUGCAUUCAGAUGAUGGAACACGCACUGGGUCCUUAGUGUGUAACAUUGGGUUUUCAGUUAUGCGAACUGUCAGUUUGGAGGUAGAGAUUUUGAUAUUUUUGGUCUGUGUAUGCUCGAGUGCUUAUUUGUCAAGAAUCGGUUUGUUGUCUCCUUUCUGAGUUCAGUUUAAAUAGCUGUGUAACCUCUGUCAGAUAUUUUGUUCAAUUUCUUGCCAAAUAACAAAUAUAGAGGCAACACAAAACCAUCCUUUUGUAACUUUCAAUAGAUAAUGAAAACCCAAUAACAAUUUUAGUUCAUUUCAAAGUUAUGAAUGAUCUAGAGGAUACUAUUAUUAUUAUCAUCAUCAUCAUCGUUAACAUUAAAGCUACCUCUUGAAGUUCUUACAAUUCCUUUAUUUUUCACUAUAGAAUCUUCAGUACCGCAUUUAGGAUGGUAAUAAAUCAUAAGAAAUGGGAAUUUUCAUGAAAAAUCUUACAGUUUGUUUACUAACCUUUAUCAAACGGAAGAUUUUGAGUUUAGUGAUUUUAAAAAAAUUAUUGACUGGUAUUGCAAGAGUUUUAAUGCAAGAAAAGACAAAAUAAUCAAGUUCUAAUUAACAAACUAAACGAUUGAUGGAUUUGGAAACAAUGUCUGAAAUUGCCCCCGAUUGACUGUGAGAUAUUCAACUCAGUUUCUGUGAAACACAAGGAUUAUUACCACUGGAGUAUGUAUAUAUAAACAUAAUCAAUGCAGGGAUUCUCUUCCAUUGGAGCUUCAUGGACAGAGAUUUGGAAAAUACUAUAUGUUCAACAAUUUUUAUUUUUUGUAUCGCAACAAAACCUUUUUCAUCAUCAACUUUUUAAUUUUUUCCUCUUGAACUAGCGAUUUCAGAGUGAUCUGGAGAAAUAACUUGCCUUAACAACAUUUUCGAUUUUCAAAAGACGUUCGUUAUAACCAGUUUGUCUUUCUUUUUCACUUUCAUCUUUUUCUUUUAAAUUUGUGAGUGACCUUGACGUGAUGAUUUCAAAUUGAUUUGGAGAGUCAUCUCGGAAAAUAACCAACAUCUUUCAUUUUUAUAAUACUUUGUAGAGUGAAACAAAAUUAAUUUUUAUUUUCAUUAUUCCAAAUUUUGAAGAAUUCUAAUUGAUGCUGAAAGUGAUCUGGGUGAAUAACUUGUUUCAACAUCUGAAAUUGAAAAAAAAAUCAGAGAAAUGAUGUUGCUUUUUCUUAUUUUCACCUGUUUUUAAUCUUACAAGUGUUUUCGACUUGAUGAUUCAUAUUGCCAAUUCUAUUUCAUCUGCAUCUUCAUCAUCUUACAUCGAUUCUUCAACAGGCAACUGGAUCCAAUAAUUUUGGGGCCCUGUUGUGUAACAGCACGUUUAAAUCAGGUACCUGAAAGCUGGAAAAAAUCAUACGAAGUUGAAAAUUUGAACUGAACUGAAAUGUUGGACAAGUUAUUAAAUAGAUGAAUAGAAAAUAAAAAUUGAAAUCAAAAAGAGCACGUGGAACAAUAUAAAAAGAUUAAAUUAAAAAAGCUGUCAAAAAAUUGUCCUUUAAGGUGAAAAAAUAAGAAAUGAGGGAUAAAAAAAUUAAAUUACACAACUGGAAACAAGUGGUUUUUGUUUUUUGAUUAAUGAAUGAGUUCCUUUUGACUUUUUCAUUAUUCUUCCAAAAGAAAAAAGAAUUAUAUAGAAAAAUAUUUGAUGUUUUAUAAAUUCAUGUUUUAAAUAGAGAAGUGAACUUCUUUUGUCUGAAAGCAAGAUUGACUUUGACGCCAAAAUUAAUGAAGCGAGCAUGAGACACAAUGUUACAAUAUAAAAAGUCGAAACGAAAAAUUCAGCUGGAAAAAAUAACUAUUCUGAAAAGUUGAAUUCUUAAGAAAACUGAAACAUUUCUGUUUUUGUAUCGUCUUCUAGUACGAAAUACAGAGAAGAUGGUAGUUACAAAUAAUUGUUUUGAAACAUUAACUUGCAUUUUUCUCUUAUACUUUUUAAUUUUUUUAUUAUCCGUUCAUCCACAUCAUCAACAAUAUUUUCUCUGUUCAGCUUUGAAUUUAAUUCUUUAAAUUUCAGCUUUUUUAUUUCUAUUUUUUUAUACUUUUGAUGUCGCUUUACAUUUUUCAUUCCAUUUCAAGCUUAUUUCUCUUUUCACAUCUUUUCAACAACUCUUGACACAAUAAUACUUGAGACAGAAAUAAAAAAUAUAUUUAGGGAUAGUACAAGAGAGCAACGAGAGUUUAUAACGCCAAACGACAGUUCGCAUAAUAUACAAAAUUAUGUUGGGAGAGAAGAACACUUGACAAGCCAGAUGUCUGAAAAGGGUGUAUUUUUUAAGUUUUUUCGUAUAUUUAUGCUUUACUAUACUCACCUACGAGCGUGAUGAUUUUGUUUUAUAUAGUUUACAUAAAAGUUUUUAUUUACUUGGACUAUUUUAUGACAAGUUUUGUGCUCAAAGCACACUUAUUAUUUUAAGAAACUUAUAUUUUUACUGCUGGCAGGUACUUUUUUAAUAAUUUCCUUUUUAAAAUGGAAUAUUUUAUCAUGGUCACGGAAUAACCCAACGUUUCCUCCGAGCCAUUUAAUAUCAGACUUAGUCUCGCUGACAACUUGUCUGAGAUUUGCGUGAAACAUGAUAUUUUGAACGGAAUUUAAAUUUUGUAAUGAAAAGUUGGAUUAUUUCAAAGAUGUAUGUGAUAUGUUGAGUGUUUUGAUAAGUUUAAGACUGUAAUGCUGUUUUUAUCAAUUUUAAUUUUGAAUGUUACUGACGACUUUCCAGACAUGAAUGAGUAAUAAUUGUGAAGCUCAGGCCCCCUUUUACUGCUGCUAUCUGCAGAGCCUUGUUGCCUGAAGAUAUCGGAAACUCGUUUUGGUAUUAAAACGAAGUUCAUCGGUGCAGAUAUGCAGCAGAAGUAUUGUUUUAUUUUGUAGAGUUAUGUGCAAUCUACCUUCUAGUUCAAAUAGCAUAAAUUCGUGAAAUAGUACAUUUUGUGAUUGUCUGUGUGAUAAUGUUUGACAAUUGUUUUAAACUGAUGAUGCAAAAGACUGAUUCCAUCUACUAAAUAGAGAUGAUAUGAUAAUUGAA